AUGCUGCCACCGACAGAGGAGGAAUUGGAGGAGGAAGACAGAGAUCAUAUGGCAACCCAUGAGUCAGAAAUACAAAACCCUUGUCCUCAUGUGGGUGAACCUGAUAUAUGUGUCAUAUGCCAGGAUGAAUAUGCAGCUGAGGAACUAGUUGGAGGUCUUCGAUGUGGACAUGAAUAUCAUAUGAAAUGUAUAAAGAAAUGGUUGAGGAGGAUCACCAAAUGUCCAGUUUGCAGAGACACCGCUAUUUUUGUUGAACCUGUUUUUUUCAAUAAACAAGCCUGUUACAAAUGUGAACCAGAACAAACGGCAAGAAGUGAUGACAGGGAAGCAGAAGUUUUGCUGCUUUCUAGUGAAAUGCAAAACCCUAAUCUGAGGGAUGCAGCAGCUGCUAUCUCUACACGGAUUCCCACUGUUCCUGAUCUCAACAUGCAUCCUCUUGAUCUCAACAUGCUACCACCGAUAGAGGAGGAAUUGGAGGAGGAGGAAGGCAGAGAUCAUAUGGCAACCCAUGAGUCAGAAAUACAAAACCCUCGUCCUCAUGUGGGUGAAGCUAGUGCAGCCAUUAGUAUUUCCACUCGGGUCAGCCCUAUUAUUGAUCUCAACCUCCAUCCUCUUGAUCUUAACAUGCUACCCACAGAAGAAGAAGAUAAUGGUCAACCCAGAGAUCAUCGGGCAAUGCAUGUUUUCCAGAAUAAUCAUCCUUCCCUUCACAUUCACUCUCCUCAAUACCCACUUAAAGUUGCCCUGAACCUUAAUCAUUUUGCCAAUAUUGUCGUUCAAGCCAAAGGAGGAAGUCUCUAG